GGGGUUCCAUUUUGCUUCAGUGCACGAAAAUAACUCAUUUCAGUGUAUGGGCCUUAGCUUUCAUCUCAAUCAAUCCUUUUAAACUCUUCCUUCUGCUUGUAACUACUCUACCAAUAUCAGUGUGCUCUCUUUCUAUCUCUCUUUGCAGCUGAGCUAUGCCACGACUUUUAACAUAACGACCUCUAAUUUUCAGGAUUGAGUUGAAGUCCCAUUGUUCCCAGCGUCAGGCUUUUAGUAAUGGGGAAGUCUCCGGGAAAAUGGAUCAAGGCUGUGCUUUUUGGGAAAAAGUCAUCCAAGUCUAGUUUCACAAAGGACAUCAGCGGUGAGAAAAGGUUUGUGACAAAGGCAUUUGCGGGGGAUCUUGCCCCUAAUCCACCAAUCCAGAAUGUUGAUAGGGGUUCUGAGACUGCAGUGGAGAAGGGAACAAGUAUUGGCAUCACAUGUGAUAGUGCUGCUUUAUCCUCUGUGAUACAAGAUAUAGAGUCACAAGUUACAAAUGGAGCACUUUCAGCUGAUGAUGCGGAGUUAAAACGGCUAGAGCAAGCUGCAACAAAAGCACAAGCAGCCUUUAGGGGUUACUUGGCUCGUCGGGCAUUUCGAGCGCUUAAAGGCAUUAUACGGCUGCAAGCUCUUGUUCGUGGGCACUUGGUAAGGAGGCAGGCAGUUGCUACUCUACGGUGCAUGCGAGCAAUUGUUAGUGUUCAGGCAUUAGCUCGUGGUCAAAGGGCUAGACUUUCAGAUCCCACCCAUCAAGUCCUUAGGAGGUACAAUUACGGAGAACAUAAGGAUGCUAAGCAGGUGGAUUUAACUGUUGUAAGCAUGUCUGUUAGGCCAGAAAAGCUAACAGCUAGUGCAUUUGUUUGCAAGCUUCUUGCUGCAGUGCCAAUCGCCAUGCCCUUGAGCCUUCAGUAUGAUGAGUGUGAACCUAAUUCAGUUCGGCAGUGGCUUGAGCGCUGGUCGCUAUCUCGCUUUUGGGAACCACUUCCACAAGCGAAGAAAGUUGUUGACACAAAGUCACAGAAAAAACAAGCCAGCGGACAGAGUGUUGGGACAGAAGUAGUAAGAUCAAAACGGAGUGUCAGGAAGGUUCUUUCAGCAGCAACUGGUGAUGUUAGUACUGUAAGUUCUUCUGAUCCUGAAAAACCCAGGCGUAACAUAAGGAAAACCACAACUCAUCAGAUAGAAUCAGUGCAAGAUCAACCUCAAAAUGAACUUGAGAGGGUCAAACGGAAUCUAAUAAGAGUUACUGCAGCUGUGGCAACACCUCCAGAAAAGUCAGAUGCAGAAACUGAUAAGGCACGACAGAUUCCUAUUCCAGCUCAAGCUCAGGCAAAAACCUCAAUAUCCUCAGCUUCUAAUGUUGGUGAAGUACUGGUGGUUAAUUCUCCUGAGAAAACGAGUGAUUCAAUUUCUGAAAUUGACAAGUUAGCUUUGACUAAAGCUCCUAUCAGUGAUUCAAUUUCUGAAAUUGACAACUUAGCUUUGACUGAAGCUCCUAUGCAAGUAGCUGGGGAGGAACCAACUGAUGUGUUGCAUGAUCAUCCUACAGUUGAGCAACAGCAAUUACAAGAGGAAAAUGUUGGUAAAAGCAAGAACAGUCCAAUUGUUAAUGAGGAGCUUAGCUCCAAAGAAGAUCAAACUAGUAAAGAGAGAACUAGGAGGAGGAGAUCUCUUCCAUCAAAGGAAGAGAACUCCGAGAAUAUCUCUCAAAAUACACCAAGUGUGCCCAGCUAUAUGGAAUCAACUCAAUCUGCAAAGGCGAAGCUUAAAACACAAGGGUCUCCUAAGGUAAGUGAAGAUGGAGCUGAAAAUGUUGUUGUCCGGCGUCAUUCUCUACCAUCCUCUACCAAUGGAAAAAUCAGCUCAUUGUCUCCUCGGGUGCAAAGGCCCGUUCAAGCAAAUGGAAUAAGUGGAAACAAGAACAACAGAUCAAUGCCAGCUUCUAGAGAUGAAUUGUAUGGAUAUAGAGGACAUAUAUAAUUGACUCCAACAAGUUUGAGACUGAGGUAUCAUGGUUGAAAUGUCAUCAACUCCUCAAAUGAUUACCUUUCUUUGCGUUAGCAGAAAAAGCGCUUCAACCUGGUUGGAGGAGAUAAGUUCAACAAUUUGCUCAAUCAACAAACAGUAAUGGUGCAUGUGGUGGCAAUUUUGUUUCUUGUGCUAUCUUCAAAAGUUUGAACUGCUAAUUCGAAACAGCUGUUGUUUGAUAUCAUAAGCAUCUUUAUCAUGUUUCCAUUAGUGGUGUGGGUUUAUUUGCAUGAGAAUGUACAGUUGGUUGUAGACCGAGAGAGAAUGUUUCAGUUAACAGCAUGUGUAUGUUAUUUUUUAGUUACUGUUUUUUCUAA